CAAAACCAGAGUGUGCAAAUCUCCAGGCUUUCAGCUCUCUCCUCUCUCCUGUGGCAACAGCUUCCUCCUCAGAUCUGCACCAGCUUCUGACCUCUCUUCUCUCCCUUCCCCUCCAUUUGCUCUUCCCCGCAAGUUACACCAGAAAUUCGGGAAACACAACCAUUUUCUGGCAAAUUCCUUGCCAGGUGUUUUCCAGCGUCCCCCCCUAUUUCCCCCUGUACCCAGUUACCUCUAGAAACUGGGCAGUACUCGCAGCUCAGCAAGAACCAUAAGAAUCACCCUUAUUGGCACAUCAGGGAUCUCAGGGUCCUAUGUUGAGAUGAGGGCAUGAUGGAACUCUCAUACCAGAACCAUGGCCAAACACUUAUGGUCUGAUGGGAGGCUGUGUAUCGAUAUCAGAACCAGGUGUUCCGUUUCCUUUUAUCUUUCCCCAGUAGCUGCCAUGCCAAUAACAAGAAGAUCGUCAAAACAUAUGCACUCACUUCAAGUAGCUCUUUGCGCUCCAGACUUUCCUACUGAUGAGAAGUUAUGUCUAGCUGCGUCGGACGGUUGUCCGUCCUUUGCGGUUAUCUUAUUGCGCUUGCUCUACUGCUGCACGCACCCACGGUGCUUGGGAUUGAUUGAUGGCUGGCUAUCUGACGGUGUACUGCACGCAGGACUACAAUGUGACGCUGGUGUACUACCUGUCGCACUACCUGGUGGACAUGGUGAGCGAGAAGGCCGGCCACGUGCUCAAGCUCGACAAGAUCGACGAGGGCCGCAACUGGCUCGGCGCCGACGUGCUCGUCUUCGACUCCUGGCACUGGUGGCCACGCUCCGGCAAGGAUCAGCCCUGGGACUUGAGCAAGAGGGAAGCCAGGUGAUGAAGGACAUGGACCGGAUGGCGGCCUUCACCAAGGCGCUCAAGACCUGGGCCGGAUGGGUGGACGCCAACCUCGUCCGGAUGUGUGCAGAUUUGGAAGAUUUCCAAUAUCCACUAUUUGAUGAAGGGGUUGUUCAUGUUCUUUUUCUAAGAAAUCGACAGAUCAAAUAAAUAAAAUCAAGAUAAGAAGAAAAAACCUAGACAUUUAGAAACCAUCUCUGGUUUUAAUCCAAUCAACCAACUAUUGCUUUGUAGCUCUCAGAAAUGUUUCUCAUUGUGAACAGGAAAGAUGAAUCUACAGUUCAGUAUAA